GUUGUGCGUAUAAUUCGUAGUAAAACAAGAACAUGUCAACCUUGAAAAUCAUUAUACUACUAAACAGGUUUGACUAGUUCAUCAUUCUCCACUUUCUAUAGAAUCAGAUAUCAUUCGGUAUUCGUCGAGGUAUACUAUACACUGCAAAGUGCUUCAAGAAUAUGAAUUCCAUUUGUCCAAAAAGUUUGAAAAUUAAGCAGCAGAGAUGGGCGCUACAGAAGAGUAUGAGUUCCUUGGUGGAAUGCGUAAGUUCAGAAUUAAAAGCGAUUAAAGCAGCUGGUACAUGGAAAAACGAACGAGUAAUUGCAUCGCCACAGCGCACACGAAUUGUGCUAACAAACGGAGUAGAAGCUCUUAAUUUUUGCGCGAACAAUUACUUGGGCUUGUCUGAUAAUACAGAAGUAAUUUCAGCAGCAAAGAUUGCUCUGGAUAAGUAUGGAGCUGGUUUGAGUUCCGUAAGAUUUAUAUGCGGCACUCAAGAAAUUCAUGUAGAAUUAGAAAAGAAAAUUGCUAAAUUUCAUGGCAGAGAAGAUGCUAUCCUGUAUGCUUCUUGCUUCGAUGCGAAUGCUGGACUCUUUGAAACUUUGUUAACACCUGAAGAUGCAAUAUUGAGCGAUGAACUAAAUCAUGCCUCUAUUAUCGAUGGUAUUAGACUAUGUAAAGCAAAGAAACACAGGUACAAACACAGAAACAUGACAGAUUUAGAAAAUAAGCUGCAAGAGUGUAUGUCUUCGCGCUUGCGUCUGAUUGCAACCGACGGUGUUUUUUCUAUGGAUGGAACUGUGGCACCAUUACCAAAAAUACUGGAGCUUGCACAAAAAUACAACGCCCUUACUUUUGUCGACGACUGUCAUGCUACUGGCUUUUUUGGAUCAACUGGAAGAGGCAUAGAAGAUUAUUUCAAUAUGUUGGGCAGCAUCGAUAUCAUUAAUUCUACGUUAGGCAAAGCUCUUGGCGGAGCAGCGGGUGGUUACACAACCAGUAAAAAAGAGCUGGUUAAUUUAUUAAGACAACGCAGCAGGCCAUACUUAUUUUCAAAUUCGUUACCUCCUCCCGUAGUCGCAUCGGCAAGUAAGGUGAUGGAUCUAAUAACAGAUUCGACAGAAUUUCUGGAUCAACUGAGGAACAACACUGAUCUGUUUCGAAACAGUAUGAAAGCAUCGGGCUUUACGAUCGCUGGUGAUGACCAUCCUAUCUGUCCUGUAAUGAUAGGCGAUGCGAGACUAGCCACUGAAUUCGCUGAUAAGAUGAUCGAAAAAGGAAUUUACGUGAUCGGUUUCAGUUAUCCUGUAGUACCGAAAGAUAAAGCUAGGAUACGCGUUCAAAUCAGCGCUGCGCAUACACAAAACGACAUACAACACGCUAUAAAUGCAUUCGUACAAACCGGAAAAGAACUCGGAGUCAUUGCCUGAUAUCGUUUUAAUUCACAUUUUUAAAAAUAAAAAGUAAAAAUAACGUGACAAAAACGUGAUGAUAAAAUAAGGAGUGUUAUUGUUUUUUACAA